AUGGACCUCUGGAAAAUACAGCUUUUUAUUUUCACCUUUUGUUCAGUGAUGCAAAUAUAUGUGGGAAUGUCUUUUACGUUAGAUGAGGAAGGAGGGCAGGAUCUAUCGCUGGACACAGGUCUGACAGAGGCUGUGGAUGCUUUGAUGAAAAGAUCUAAAGCUCUCCGCUUCUAUGGACUCAUGGGUAAACGCUCAGGUAAUGACAAACCUAUCAAAGUAGAUAGAAGUAAAAAAAAGGGGGAAAUGUUUGUUGGUCUGAUGGGAAGAAGCAUGCCAGGUUCUCAAGAGGAAUGGGUCCAAAUCAUCUAG